GAUGCAGAUAACUCUAGCUUAACUGGGUUCAAGUUCAAAUCAAACUUGGGGCAUUUGUGUUAUUCCCAGUUCGUUAAAGCUUAGCUAUAAAUAUUCGAAUGAAUUCUCCUUAGCAUUUUUUGCAAAAAUCAGAAAUCUCAUUUUGUGGAUCUGCAGCAUAAAGCUGAAAAGCUAUGUCGAAGAACAACAAUGGCGGACCGUGUGUUCAACGAGAUCACGAAUCUUCUUACGAUCCAGUUAGAUGGUUGAAUCUGAUGAUUUCGGAGCCUUACUAUCUAUUUCACUUGCUAGUUUUCUUCUCUUACAUCCCCAUUCGUUGCUCCGCUUUCCAAAUCCUCGAUCCUGCUCGCAAUUCGUUUCUGCUUAAACGAGAGAUUCAAGUGUUCAUUGCAUACUGUGUCUUGACUGUUGUGAAGAUUGUAAGGACAGAAAGCUGGGAAUCCUUCAUUCAAGAUACUUUGUUGUUUGCUAAGAUUUUCCUUACUGCCAUCGCUUUAGUUUUGGAUUAUCACUUGGCUCUGUGGUAUGCAUUGGCAUUUUUAGUAAUACACAUUAUAGCACAACAGCCUCCAUAUGAAGGACUAGGUUCUUCAAAUCAUUUGACACCACUGCAGUUGGAGAGUUUGCUUACUGAAGGAAAUACAUCACGAUUUUGGCUGGUUGAAUUUCGCGCUUUCUCCACAUCGGCUUGCGUAUGCACAAGUUCCUUUUUUCCAGAACUUUCAAUAACAUACUCAAAUAAAAAUUUAUCUUUUGGGACAAUUGAUCUUGGACUCUUCCCUAAUGCUGCAGAAAGAUUUGGCAUUUCUCUUGGAAGCUUGAACCAACUUCCAGUGUACAUUCUAUUUGAGAAUGCUGUAGAGGUUGCACGCUUUCCAGAGUUUGAUUCUGAGCCAUAUGUUUUUGGUCCUACCAUUACAAAGAUUCAUCCUGAAUUGGCAAAGUUUACGCUGACCGCCAGCCUUCUGCUACCCUCCUUCUUUAUCCGGAUUUGGGACCAGCGAUGUGAGCAAGUUCAUGCAGAGACUUCUUUGUGGGCGUUUUGAGCUUGACAAAAGACUUCUGGAUUAUGUAAAUGGAAAAUAGGUCAAACAUGAAAGGUAUUUGCGAUCUCUCAUUUGUUCUUCCGACCCCAAUAGAACUCACACGGUUUCUGAAGAUAUUAAUCGGUUGCUGGAUCAGAGAUAUGAAUUUGUUAUCCCCUUGAUGUGGAACAUGAAAUUGAGGGGACUAGUUGAAAGGAAAUUGUCUUUUUCAGUUCUUUUUUUCUUACAUUGUUGACGGGCAUUAGGCGAUCAAGCAGAACGUGCAGUUUGUUCAUAAUUUUGUAUCGAGUUACCACGAUAUUUUGGAGCUUCACUUAUAAAAGCUCGAAUUCUAUGAUACUGUAAUGAAAUUUCACUUUUAAAAAGUUUUAAUUUCAAUAUAUUGUGCUUGAGUUUUACAUGUAUGAA